AUGGAAGCAAUUAACAAAUUAGACUUUAGAUCAAAAGGGAAGCUUGGAGUUUUAGGAGGAUUCUUAAUACAUUCUGUGUUAGGAUCUAUGUAUAUUUGGUCUAACUUGUGCGAAUAUGUUUCUGCUUAUUAUGUUUAGUAAUAGCACCAAGACUUAACAACAAAAUAGGCAAAUAUUGUAUUUCCAAUUUCUCUUUUAUUCUCCCCAUUAGGGAUAUUUUUUGGUGUUCGUUUUGCUGAUAAGUAUGGUCAAAAAAAGGUAGCAUUUUUGAGCGCUCUAGGAAUAAGUCUUAGUGUUAUUUUAAGUUCAUUCGCUACUAAAUACUGGGUAUUUGUGAUCUUUUAUGGGAUAACUAACGGUAUUUCCAUGGGAUUUAUUUACAUGAUUCCACUUGAUAAUGCUCAAAAGUUUUUUCCAAAUAGAAAAGGAACUGUUUAUGGAGUUAUCAUAUGUGGCUACGGGUUAGGAUCUUUAAUGUUUAAUUGGGUAUUAUAUUAUCUCAUAAACCCUUCAAACAUCAAAGCAGAGUGGAAUGAAGCGUAUUAAGAGUAUAUGUAUCCUCCAUAAGUUAGCGUUAAUCUGCCUCAUGCUCUACUAGGGUUGGGUUUAAUGUAUUUCGUUAUAGCUUCGAUAGGGUCAUUAUUAAUUAUCAAACCCUCUCAAAGAGAUUUAUUAGAAAUCCAAGCAAGCAUGGUUAGCCUGCAAAGUCUAGAAUAAAAUGCUAAUUAAUUCAAAGAAGUUGCUUUUGAAGUAGCUAGUCCUGACAAUAAAUGUGACGAAAAAAACUCUGAAAAAAAUAAAAAUUAAUAGUUUUAAGAAUAAAAAAAAAAUAAUUAAUAGAGUAUUUAGAACGAAGUAACGGUUAUCACUUGGUAAGCUGGACCAAGCACUUAAAAAAAUGAUUAAAAAAUUGAAAAAAUGAGAUAGGAUUAAUUAUAAAAUUUAGGUGCAAAUGAAUGUAGUAGUUUAUCUGUAGCUUUGAAACAGAAAGAACUUUAUGUAUCCUUAAUACUAGGUUGCAUAGGUGUAUGCUAUGGCCUUGUGAUAGCCUCAAAUUACAAAAGCUAUGGUCUAAAUUAUCACAACGAUGACAAAUACUAUUACUAUAUUUCCACAAUAAGCUCAUUUGCCAACGGCUCUUCAAGAUUUUUUUGGGGAUAUAUGAUGGAUAAAAUAAGGAUAAAGCGCUUAAUUAUAUUAAAUUUGUUAACACAAAUAUUAAUUAAUAUAACUUUGCCUUAAAUUGUGUAAAGCUAAUUAUUAUAUGCUUUCUGUAUAAUAUGUGCUUUCUUCUGUUAUUGUGGAUGGUAUGUUAUAAUGCCCACUCAUUGCUAUCGAUUGUUCGGAUCAAAGAUAGCAUCCCAAGUUUAUGGUGUGCUUUACAUGGGAUUUCCUUUAUCAGGAAUGAUUCAGUAAGCUGUAGUUUUAAAUUUUAGUUGGCAAAAUAUUUUUAUAAUUAUUUUUGGCAUCUAAGCUUUUGGGCUUAUGAUAGUAAAUGCAUUUUCACUAAACAUAAAUUGGAGAGAGUUGGCAUUAUUGGAAAGUAUCAAAGAAUCCUGCCAAAAAAAUACUGAAAACGCUCUAGAAGCUAGAACAAGCUCUUAAUCAACAUAAAAAGAUGAAUAAACAAAUAAAAUUUAAAAAGGAUUUAUCCAAAAAAACGACUACCAAAUAAUGGAUUAUGAAAUAUGA